AUGGACUUUGUCAACAAGCUUACCGGCGGCUCCAAGGAGGGCGGCGCUCAGAAGCCCGAGGGCCAGCAACAACAGCAGUCGGGUGGUGGCUUCAUGGACAAGCUCAACGGCAUGGCUGGCGGCGGUAAGGAGAGCGAGAAGAACGAGGAUGCCCUUGACAAAGGUGUCGACUGGGUCCAGGAGAACGUCAUGGGCCAAGGCCCCCAGAACAACGAGAGUGCCGCCGAGCAGGCCAAGGACGAGCAGAUCUCCGACUUCAUUCGCGGCCAAUACAAGAACACGACCGGCUCUGAUGUGCCCAUCAAGGACAAGGAACGCUUCUGA